AUGAAGUACACUUUCGCCAUCGCUGCUCUUGCCGCCCUUGUCGUCGCCCAGGAUGCCUCCAUCAUCCCCGAGUGCGCUCGCGACUGCUUGAAGCAGGCCACCGCCUCUGCCACCAAGUGCACUGACGGUGACUACUCCUGCACUUGCAUCAAGGCCAACAAGGACGCCAUCACCACUGCCGCCACCCCCUGCGUCGUCGCCGCCUGCGGUAUCGAGAAGGCUGUCGGUGAGGUUCUUCCCGCUACCGAGAAGCUCUGCGCUGCCGCUGGCGCCGGUGGUGGUGCUUCCAGCUCGGCCGCCGCUUCUUCCUCCGCUGCCGCCUCUUCUUCUGCCGCCGCCGCCUCUUCCUCCGCCGCUGCUGCCUCCUCCUCCGCUGCCGCCUCCUCUGCCGCUUCUUCUGCUGCUUCUUCCGCCGCCUCUGCCACCCAGGUCACCGUCACCACCACCAAGGCUGCUGCCACCACCACCAAGGCCCACGCUGGCAACUCCACCACCACUGGUGCUGGCAGUGCUACCACCACCCCCGUCCAGGCCGGCGCUGCUGGCCUCGCCCCCCUCGGUGGCCUUGCCAUGCUCGUCCUCGGUGCCCUCGCCCUCUAA